AUGGUUGUUUCUAAGGGAGGAACAGACGUAGGAGCAUUUCCAAAAUUUUGGCAAACAGUUGGGAGUUCAAUGGAGGACUACAUGCAGUAUUUGGGCGGGACAGUGGGCGUGGCCACGCUGACCGGAGCCGCGGCGGCCGCCGCCCUCUACAUGGCCUGGAGCCCCACCCCCAUGGUACCGCCCGUGGACAUCGAUGACCAAUCGGCAGAAGUGCCGGAUGGGAGUGGAGCCCGCCAGUCCCGCCUGGCUCCCCCUGGUGGCAUGACGGAUUUCCUGUACGAAGACGCCAAGACUCUGCUCCAGAUGAUGGAAAGAGGACACAGGAUUUCCGGCAACGGAAACUGUCUGGGCUUCCGUGGUUCCGAACCCGAGUACUCCUGGCUCACCUAUGGAGAGGUGAUUGAGCGGGCCAGGAACUUCUCCGCUGGCCUGGUGGCCAUAGGCAUGCGCCCAGGACAGGACUCUUUCGUCGGAAUCUACGCACAGAACUGCGUCGAGUGGAUCCUGACCGAGCAGGCCUGCUACAACCAAUCGGCAGUCAUCGUUCCCCUCUACGACACCCUGGGACCCAACGCUUGCUCCUUCAUCAUUAACCAAGCGGAGAUCGGCAUCGUGGUGUGCGACAAGGAAGAGAAGGUCAAGUCCCUGCUGGAGCAGAGGGACCAGACGCCCUGUCUUCGCCACGUGGUGGUCACCGGACCAGUGUCGGAGGAAAUGAGGAAACUCGCCAGGGACGUACGGCUGUACUCCUUCCAGGAGAUAGAGGAGAUCGGUAAAGAAAAUCCCAUACCCACACAGCCCCCCCUUCCCGAUGAUGUGGCCACAGUCUGCUACACCAGCGGCACAACGGGGGACCCCAAGGGUGUGGUGCUCACCCAUGCCAACAUAAUCAUCGAUGCAUGCGCAGUCAUCGCUCAGCUCGAAGAACACGCUCCCAACAAGAGUGACGUCAUGAUGUCCUUCUUGCCCCUGGCACACAUGUUGGAGAGGCUCUGUGAGGUGACUGUGUACAUCAACGGGGGCAGCCUGGGGUUCUACCGGGGGGACAUCAGGCUGCUGAUGGAGGACAUGAAGACCCUGAGGCCCACCAUCACACCCGCAGUGCCCAGACUACUCAACAGGAUAUACGACAAGGUGCAGGCGAAGCUGAACGGGAGCAAGCUCAAGCGACUGCUCUUCAACCUGGCAUUCCGGAUGAAACAGUCAGAACUCGAGAGGUUCGUGAUCCGCAACAACAGCGUGUGGGACCGCCUGGUGUUCCGUCCCGUGAGGGAGGGGAUGGGGGGGCGGGUGAGGCUGCUGGUGUGCGGCUCCGCCCCCCUGGCCGGGAACGUCCUCACCUUCAUCCGCUGCGCCAUGGGAUGCGUGGUGGUGGAAGGAUACGGACAGACAGAAUGCGUGGCUCCCUGCACCCUCAACAUCCAGGGAGACUUCUCUGUCGGUCAGGUGGGACCCCCCAUUUCCUGCUGCCACAUCAAACUGGUGGAUGUCCCUGAGAUGGAAUAUUUUGCCCAGAAAGGACAGGGCGAGGUGUGCAUCAAGGGCCGCAACGUGUUCAAGUGCUACUUCAAGGACCCCCAGAAGACGAAGGAGACCAUCGACGAGGAGGGGUGGCUGCACACCGGAGACAUCGGGAUGUGGCUGCCGAAUGGAACCCUGAGGCUGGUGGAUCGCAAGAAGAACAUCUUCAAGCUGGCCCAGGGGGAGUACAUCGCCCCCGAGAAGAUAGAGAACAUCUACCUCUCCAGCCCCUAUGUCUCACAGAUAUUCGUGCACGGAGAAAGCCUGCAGAGCUGCCUGGUGGCUGUGGUGGUCCCUGACAUGGAGAAUGUGGUGUCCUGGUGCAAAGAGAAGGGAAUCUCCUACAACCCCUGGGAGCAAGUCUGCAGAGAUAAGAACGUGAAGCGACUGAUCCUCGAUGACAUCACCGCCCUGGGCAAGAAGGCCGGACUCAAGUCCUUCGAACAGGUGAAGGACAUCUACGUGCACCACGAGCUGUUCAGCGUGGACAACGGGCUGCUGACCCCCACCCUCAAGACCAAGCGCCCCGACUGCCGCAAGAGCUUCGUGGACCGCAUCGAGGCCAUGUACGCCCUCAUGGCGUGACCUCUCCUCCGAAGGAAGCCAGCGUGACCUCCCCUCGCUCGAGAGACGCCGCCUGUACAUUGACGCGCUCCCGUCUUCCUCCCCGGCGAGUCCGGCUUCGGACUGCGCGGCGAGGAGGGGGGAUGUGGACGGUUCCACCCUUUUAGACCGUCGGAAAUCGUGAGACGCCGAAUGCGAUGGUUCUGCCCUUUUAGAUCGUCAAAAAUUGAGACGCCGAAUGAGACGCGGUGUCUCCGAAAUUUCAAGCCACAGGAGUCGUGAUCGGGGUGAAAGUCUCUUAAUUUCGAUGGACGGAAGACGGUCGAGAGACCAAAUGCUUUCGCUGCGACUUUACGGAUUAUUUAUGUUUUCGAAUUGUUUUCGGACUUUUUCAAAUGCGAUUUCUAGAAAAAGAUGAUGAAACUAAUUUAUUCAUUCAUCCUAUUUUCACUUUAUAAUGCUUUGGAAUUUUGAACUAGAAAUAUAAUUUUUAUAAGACUGAACGUUUUCAUAGCCACCACCGAAAUCUGCGGCGAGAGAUCGGAGUCUCCGGAGUUCGAGCCUCUCGGCUUCGGCCUUUUCCAGCACGAGGCGUUGAAUCGGUUUUCAUUUCAUUAAAAAACACAGAUUGGGUUUAGUGGAUCGUGUCUGAGACAUAAUUUAAAAAAAAUAAUUUUUUUUAACGGGACAGGAUAGAAAAAUGUUCAUGCAUUCAAAAUUGGAAUAUUUUACAAACAUAUGAUUGGAGGUAGAAUGAGGGGUAUAUAAAAAAGGUAAAUGGCAUAAACCUGCUAGAAUUUUUUUUUUUUUUUUUUGAGUUGGAAUGAGAAAUAGAGCCUGCAGAUGUUGCCUUUUUUGUAGUGAAUUUAAAGAUAUGCUAUUGUGGUCGAAAGAGAAAUAUUUGAAAUGGAUCUUUUUUUUUUUUCUCGCGGCUGUAAUGCCUGAAAGAAUUUUUUAAAAAAAAUCUAAGUCUUAAAAUGAAAUUUAAAAAGAAGUGACUCUGUAAAGUAUACACAUUGGAACCUGGAACACUCCCCCCCCCCCCUCGCUCUUUUCGAAGCGUGGAAUGAAAGAGACUGCUUAUGUUAAUUUAUAUGGAUUAUCUCCGGUGCGAGAGGUUUGUGAUGUGAUGGGGCCGAAGACACUCUUUUCCCUCUCCGUACAUGCAUAGACUUCAGAAAAUGAAGCAGUGAAAUUGCAUCACGACGCAAAUUUUGUUUCGAAACUCAAAAUAUAUUCCUCCGAAAUGGAUAUUUCGGCGUGAAGCGAAAGCACCGUAUUUACGAAUCUAUGCUUUUGUUUUUUCACGUAAUUGUUAUUCAAUUAAUAAUCUAAGCCUUUUUUUUAAUUUGAAAAAAGGAAGGGGUAUGUAAGAUGUUCCCCGUAAAAGUGUUCAUCAUUUGAAGCUUUCACUCAUGAACGAUCAUAUCAAGUAAAAAGAUAGUUUUUGUGAUAAAAACGGUGACAUUCAAAGUGUGGAUGGUGCAUUUAUUUUUCCCAUUUUCUUUGUCCACGCCGGAAAAUAUUAGGUUUUAUUUUCGAAAAAGUUUAUUUCUGCUCUGGAAAAUGUUUAGAAUAAAAUAUUGUUUUUGGAAUUUGAUGAUAUUUAGAUUCUAAUGCCUUUCAUAUAUUUUUUGAAGUUUCGUAACUCACAUGAAAGUAGCCACUUUGAUCUGUCCCAGGAUUAUUUUAAUCUUUCUGUAGCUCAAGUAUUAUUUACUACUUUUCUCACUGAAUCGGUUAAAAUUGUAAACAGUGAGUCAGAAUUAAAUCAAAAGUGCUUCUUUUCAGCUUCAUGUCACAAAAGGCCCAUCAUAGUGCUUAAUUUUUAUUUAAAAUUCUCAAUUGUCUUGGCAUCGUGCUUUAGUUCAUCCAUUCAAAUAAUCCCUUUUCUUUUACUAAAAUUACAACGGAUGGCAAAGGAAAACUGGCAUCUUUGUUGACGUUAUAAUUUGCUUUUUUUCCCAAAAUUAUUUAUAAAAUAUUUAAGAGAAAAAUGUUUCAUCAAUAAAGUUUUCAUUCUGUAUCUGGUUAUUUACUUCAAAGAUCUAGAAACGAUCCAUCUGUAUUCAUGUUUUCGUUUUAAUCGGGCACUUUUGAUAUUUCCAGGGCUGUAAUGCAUUAGGCCUAAUUUUUAGUUUUUCUCAUAAUGUAACAUUUAUGCUCCACUCCAAACCUUCCCCAUUAAUUACUGGGACUGCCAUGAACCCAAUAUAAUGCUCGAUUGUACAUAAAAUAUGAAAAUCUGAGGAUUUAUCUUUUACCACGACUUUUGAGAUGACACCCUCGUUGUGAUGUUGGAGUGGAGCAAAAAAAAUUGGGUUCGUUAAGUACUUUAUUUUGACAUAUAUUAGAGUGGGGUGCUCAUCGUUGAGAUUUUUUAAUAUCGAAAUAAUCUGCUCGAGAACAUAGCUGUGCAAAAACCGGCUUUUCGUUAGAGCCCUUUCGACCGGCAUUGCAAUUUUCUCUUCUGUCAGUCAUUCGGCGUAUCUUUGAGCCAGCCCCGAUUACUUCGUUCCACCUCAUGUUUUUAUACGAAUGCCUCAAUUGCCGAAUCGAUCAACUCCACUUAAAAAAAAAAAAUCAUUUCAGCUUUAAUAGUGCUUUAUGGCUAACUUAUUUAAUAGUGCAUUAAUCGGUGCAGUCAUGAGGCAUUUUCUUUCUUUUUUUUCUGUCCAUCAUUUCAUAUUUAACUAGUCAACUCUUAAUAUCAGUGAAAAUUGUUACAUUGCAAAUGAUAAAAAUGAAUAUUUUAAUGUUGUAUUAAUACAUCAUAAAUAUAAUACAUAACUUUUUGGUUAUUUUUGAUGAUAAAUGAACACUGUUACUUUGACUAAUGUAAUUUUUAUAUUGAAAAUACAGUAGUUGAAAAAAAAAAAAAUAAAAAAAUAUCAGAUAUAUAUCGACUGAUACAUGGAUGCUUCAGUUGCCAAAUCGAUUAACUACACUUUUUUUAAAAAAAAUCAUCAUUUCUACUUUAAUAGGGCUUAAUCAAUGCUUAGCAUGUGAAUUUAUAUUAAAGUUUUGGUUCAGUACAUUUCUGACCCUGUGCGGGCAGAAAAUGUGACACGAGGGCCAUUCUCUCCUAUGGAUGACACAUUCCUCUUCAUAACUAUUCUCUUUUUGUUUUAUGGAGUUGGUCGAUUUGACGAGUGAGGCAUCCAUAUAAUUUAAAAUUAUGAAAGCACCAGCAAGAAGUCACCACUGGGACUUUGUCCCCCCCCCCCAAGUCAAAUAAAGUAAAAAAAAAAUUGAGGUGGCUCAAAGGAUACCGAAUAACUGUACUAAAUCCUUUCCCGCAAAAAAAAAUCUGCCCCAAAGCAAAUAUUUUUCAGCAUAAAACUUUAAAAAGUUUAUACGUAAUUCUGUUUGCUUUGGCCCAUAAAUUUCCGUUAAUGGGGCAUUCCAUGGUAUUUUUGACAUUUAAGUGGAGUCCAUAACGUGACCUUUUUUUGCCGUAACUUUUCAAUUCACUGUUUGAUUAGCAUAUUAUUUUAUUUUGGUCUUUUCCUACCAACACACCAGCUCAAAUUAAAAUAAUUUGCAAAUCAAACGGUAAAUUCAACGGCAAAAAAGGUCAGGUUACGGACUCUACAUGAACGUCGAAAAUACCGUGGAAUGCCCCUAAUGUAUUUCAAAGUCAUUCCAUAAAGUGACCCUAGCACAUUCGUGUGGUUUCAAAACUCCCCUCGUCUACGAGGGGUGUGGCUUCGAUGAUGGACACCGUGUAAAAUACUCUCUGUUGGUUUGUACAUAAUGUAUUGUUACUUUGUUCGACAAUAAACGUGGAGUCCUUCUUCU